CUGCACCACUCCCUCCACAUGACCCUGAACACCAACAGUUAUGUGCUUAUUUUCACCAGGGGCGACUCACAUUUCAACUCUACUAUUCAAACAACCAUUAACAAAACUAUUAACUGCUCCAAAGAUUCUCCAGAGUAUUUGACAUGAAUGCUAUAUAAGGAUGGGAAACUGUCUCUGUAACAUUUGUUGUGCAUCCUCAGUCUUCAGGCAUCAGUCUUCUCAUGUAUGAGUAUUUCCUUAUAUCCAAACAAGGAGAGGGAAUGUCUGAGCGAUGAUUUGUUUGCCUUGAUCCUUGAAGACCUGUAGAGCUCCUCCUGACCUCUAGAUAUAAAGCGUGAAGCCUUUUAUGUUUGCUGACUCUGGGGUGGAUCACAAGCAGUGUGGAUCUUCGAGAGGAUCUCCAAGAUGUCCAAGGCAAAGGCUGCACCUCCUCCUGGGUGCACUCUGAACAUCAAUGAUCCUCAGGUCCAGGAGGCUGCUAUCCGGAUCCAGGCCUCAUAUCGUGGACACAGGUCGCGUAAAGAGAUGCGAGAGAAAGGCCCUCCAAAGAUCCUGCAGGAGCUCAAAGACGUGGUUCUGGUUGAGGGCAGCGCUGCAAAGCUGGAGUGCAGAGUUAGUGCUUUCCCAGAUCCUUUCAUCGUCUGGUACAAGGACGGCAAAGAGCUGAAAGAUGGUCCCAAGUACCGCUACGUGUUUGAAGACCCAGAUUUUGUGGCGCUCGUGGUUCGAGAUGGGGUUCUGGCUGAUCUGGGAAAGUACACCGUUACCAUUAAGAAUCCAUUUGGACAGACGUUGGGAUCUGCUUGUAUUCUAGUGGAGGUCCCUGCUAAGGUUUCUAAAGGCCCGGACAACAUCAAGGCCAAGAGAGGGACGACAGUUGUGCUCAAGGCUGAAAUAAGUGGAGAGCCUCCUCCAGAUGUUGCCUGGCUCAAAGACGGAGAUGACAUUGAAGAAGAUGACAGGGUAUUCUUUGACGUUGGAGACACCAACACAAUCCUGACCAUCAAAAACGCAAAGUCGUCUGAUGCUGGAAAGUAUGAGGUGUUUGUGGAGAAUAAUCUGGGCACAGACCAGUCCUUCGCUCGUGUGGACGUCCUCUAAUGCACCAACACUCACAUGACGAGCCUGUGUUCCCUUACUGUGCAAUCCAGUGGACAAUAUACUGCAUUAACACUGUACAUAAUUUAAACCACACUCAUUAUAAAAAUUAAAGAAUGUUUUUCUGAGA